UGGCAGAGAUCUCUGGUGAAGAAGAGAGAGUGGUGUGCAAUGAAAAUCCACUUGACAGGCUGCCAGAGCGCCCAGCACAGAGCGAGGAAGAGGGGGGCAGUGAGGGGAAGACAGGAAUAGGAGGAGGAGGAGGGGGACGGGGGGGACCUGCUACAUUUCCUAUAGCAGCAAGGCGUCAUCUUCUGCAUCUGCCCGGGGAAGGAGGGAUCAGCAGCAGCAGCAGCAGCCUGGGUUUCAUGUCCACCUCCAAGGGAACAGAGCAGCAGCAGCCAGUUCCAUCUACAAAGGGGGGAAGGGGCUGGAUUUGAGGGAUACUGCAUUGGCUGCCCCUGCCCCCCUCGCUCUUGCAGUCUCUGCCUUUGCGCGUGUGACUGCCGAGCCAUGAAUUCAGCAGAGCAGACCGUAACAUGGCUUAUAACUCUCGGGGUGCUGGAGUCGCCCAAGAAAACCAUCUCCGAUCCGGAGGGCUUCCUGCAAACGUCCCUGAAGGACGGGGUGGUCCUGUGCCGGCUGCUGGAGAGGCUUUUGCCCGGUUCCAUAGACAAGGUGUACCCCGAGCCGCGCACUGACACCGAGUGCCUGGGAAACAUCAGGGAGUUCCUGCGAGGCUGCAGCGCCUUCAACUUGGAAACUUUUGAUGCCAAUGACCUCUAUCAGGGGCAGAACUUCAGCAAGGUGCUAAACUCUUUGGUGCUCCUCAACAAAGUUACAGCAGAUAUUGGCUUGGGAAGUGACUCUGUGUGUACCCGUUCAUCCUCUCAUCGGAUAAAGUCCUUUGAUUCCCUUGGGUCACAGUCAUUGCUAAGCCGCUCUUCGAAAUUAUUGCAGAAUCAAUAUAGGAGCCUGGAUAUGACAGAAAACAGCAACCACCAUAUGGUGGUACGGGCCAAGUUUAAUUUCCAGCAGACGAAUGAGGAUGAGCUGUCUUUCAACAAGGGGGAUAUCAUUCACAUCACGCGCCUAGAAGAAGGUGGCUGGUGGGAAGGCACUCACAGUGGCAAAACAGGAUGGUUCCCAAGCAACUAUGUCCGAGAAGUUAAGUCAUCUGAAAAGCCAGUGUCUCCAAAAUCCACUACACUGAAGAGCCCACCUAAAGGGUUUGACACAUCUGCAAUCAACAAAAGUUACUACAACGUGGUGCUACAAAACAUAUUAGAAACAGAAAGUGAAUACUCUAAAGAACUCCAGGAGAUGCUUUCCAACUACCUACGACAUUUGCAAACUAGUGAAAAAUUAAGUCAUACAAAUAUAUCUUAUUUAAUUGGGAACCUGGAAGAGAUAUGUGCUUUUCAGCAGAUGCUGGUACAAUCAUUAGAAGAAUGCACCAAGUUACCAGAGGGGCAACAGAGAGUUGGGGGAUGUUUUAUGAGUCUGAUGCCUCAAAUGAAGAGUCUGUACCUUGCCUAUUGUGCCAAUCAUCCUUCAGCAGUUAAUGUCCUCACACAACACAGUGAGGAACUUGGCGAGUUCAUGGAAAUGAAAGGUGCUAACAGCCCAGGGAUUCUUGUACUGACAACAGGUCUAAGUAAGCCAUUUAUGCGUCUGGACAAAUACCCAACGCUGCUAAAAGAGUUAGAACGACAUAUGGAGGACUAUCAUCCAGAUCGACCAGAUAUCCAGAAAUCCAUUACUGCGUUCAAGAACCUUUCUGCGCAGUGUCAAGAAGUAAGGAAAAGAAAGGAACUGGAGCUGCAAAUCCUGACAGAAACCAUUCGUGGAUGGGAGGGGGAAGACAUUAAGACUUUGGGCACCGUUAUAUACAUGUCCCAAGUUAUAAUACAGUGUGCAGGAAAUGAGGAAAAGAAUGAAAGAUAUCUGCUGCUGUUUCCAAAUAUCUUGUUAAUGUUGUCAGCCAGUCCUAGGAUGAGUGGUUUCAUAUACCAGGGGAAGAUACCAAUGACAGGAAUGUGUGUCACAAAACUUGAAGAUAAUGAAAAUCAUAAAAAUGCUUAUGAAAUAUCAGGUACCAUGAUUGAGAGAAUCAUAGUAUCAUGUAACAACCAGCAAGAUCUGCAGGAGUGGGUGGACCACCUACAUAAGCAAACCAGGUUCUCUUCAUUGACAACUCCUACAAUCAAACCCCACUCUGUGCCCUGUCACACUCUUCCUUCUCAUCCGGUCACACCUUCAAGCAAGCACUCAGACUGCAAGCCAAUGCCACUAACACCAGUCUAUCACACAUUACCACACCUUUCGCACCAUGGAACUCCACAUAGCACCAUUAGCUGGAGUCCUUUGGAACCACCCAAGACCUCCAAACCUUGGAGCUUAAGUUGCUUAAGGCCUGCCCCUCCUCUUCGUCCCUCUGCUGCACUGUGUUACAAGGAGAGAAUGUCCUGUAUACUCAAGGACCUCAGUAAAAGCCCAAAAACAAUGAAAAAAUUACUCCCUAAACGCAAGCCAGAACGGAAACCAUCGGAUGAAGAGUUUGCUUUGAGGAAAAGUACAGCUGCACUAGAAGAAGAUGCUCAGAUUCUCAAGGUUAUAGAGGCCUACUGCACGAGUGCCAAAACACGGCAAACAUUAAAUUCCACAUGGCAAGGCACUGACCUGAUGCAUAAUCACGUCUUGGCUGAUGAUGACCAAUCAAGUCUAGACUCCUUGGGUCGUCGCAGUAGCCUUUCUCGUUUGGAGCCUUCAGACCUCUCGGAAGACUCUGACUAUGACAGUAUAUGGACAGCCCAUAGUUACAGAAUGGGGUCUACUUCUCGUUGCCGCAAAGAAUCAGCCCCUCAAGUAUUGCUACCCGAAGAGGAGAAAAUUAUAGUAGAAGAAACCAGGAGUAAUGGACAGACCGUAAUAGAAGAAAAGAGUCUUGUAGAUACAGUUUAUGCAUUAAAAGACGAAGUGCAAGAACUUAAACAGGAUAGUAAAAAGAUGAAGAAAUCCUUGGAAGACGAACAAAGAGCUUGCAAGGAGCUUGAAAAACUUAUAAGAAAAGUCCUAAAGAACAUGAACGAUCCAUCUUGGGAUGAAACCAAUUUGUAGUUAUUAGCCUCUCCCUCAUUUCUGCCCAGGGAUCAAAAGAGUGGAGCUCUUUGACAUUCGGUGAGCUUUGUUGCAACGGGGGCACUGCAGAAUGAGAUUUUACCGGAUCUUAGCAGGACUCUCACUUGCACUGGUUUGACACCAUGCAUAGGUGACUGCCCCCAGACAUGUCAACAGCUGCAGAUGUAAACCUCAGAGAAUUUGGACUGUACCAAACCAAUAAUGUUUUUACCUUUACACAUUAAUUACCUCAUUUUGCAGUUGCUAACUGAAAAUGUAUUUUCCCCAAUGAUUUUCUAGAGCUAUAGAUAAUGCAUUUCUUUUUCUUGUAUAUAAUGUUUUGAAUGCUUACAUGUGAAAGGCACUUGGGGCUCUAUCUCCUCCCCCCCCCCUACCGUUUCCUUUAAAUAUUCAUACUGGUGACAUGGACACAAGUUUCUACUAUGACAGCCUCUUUUAAAACAGAAAUGGCAAAAAAAGUCAACAUCUCAAAUGCUUUCACAUGAUCAAGUCUGUGAAAUAGUUUGUUAGGCCAUGUAUUCAAGUAUUUUAAUUGCCUUAUUUAUAUACAUGUAAACAACACAGCAAAAACAAAUAUGCUAAAGCAAACAGUGGGAAUCUAGAGCCAUUUUAAUGUAAAACUGAUGACCUGUGUUCAUGCAUAUAUAUAAACAUAUAUUUAUUGCUUUUGUUUUUUCUCUCACUAAACACUAACCUGAAUUAUUUUGUUGGACAGCUAACUGGUUUUUUUAUUUGUUGAGAUUUCACUAUAACUUGUACACUGUUGUCAAAUGUGUCCUUUUUUUAAUU